AUGAGCGUUUUUAUCAAACCACUGACACGCAUCACAACUUCAUCCUAUUCAUCAUCCGCGAUAUUUUCAAGAUGUUUGUGUCCUGUAGUUGGUAACGUUUUCACUCAGUAUGAAAUUCGACGAAAUGCAGGACACGCUCAUUGGCAAAAUAUAGCAAAAACAAAAGCAGCAAAUGAUCAAGCAAAAUCAAAACUUAUUGGAAAAUUAUCGUAUAAAAUUGGUGUUGCUAUUCGCUCACAAAAUGGUCAGACCAAUCCAGAUUAUAAUCCUAUGUUAAGAAACGUUUUAGAAGAAUGCCGAAGAAGUAAUAUGACAAAAGAAACAAUGGAACGAUCAAUAAAACGAGCAGUAUCACAAAAAGAGAAUGCAAAACCAAGUACAUUUGAAUUUCUUGGUCCAGGAAGAGUCUACUGUAUCAUUGAAGCAAUCACUGAUAAUCCGAAAAGAACAUUAAAUCAGUUGAAUAAAGUGGCAGCAAAACUCGGUAUUAUGAAAGUGAGUACAUCAGGACCAUUAAUGGAAUAUUUUGAUCAUCGUGGAUAUGCAUGUGUGGAUAAAUCAAUAUUUGAUGAAGAAAAGGCAACAGAAUUAGCGAUUGAAAUUAAUGCUGAAGAAGUGACCACAGGGUACGAUGACAAUAUGAAUGAAGCAUGGAAAUUUUUAGGACCACCAACAUUUUCGACACAAAUGAAAACAUCAUUAACCGAACGUGGAUAUAAUGUGGUAUCAGAUGGAGCUGAAUUUAUUCCAAAAGCAUUUGUGGCUAUAGAUGAUACGUGUCGAGCAUUACUUCAAGAAGUCAUUAAAACUUUUGAAGAACAUGAGGAAGUUCAAGGUGUUCAUACGAAUGCCACUUAA